AUGGCAGAAUCGGCUGAAGCUAUUGAGUUGCCGCCGCAACUUAAGAGGUCGAUCAGAUACUUCUGGCGUGCCUCUGGUCAUAGCAACGUCAAGCGAUUGACCCGUGAAAUAUAUCACCGUACAGACAUCGGUUGCGGCAUCGAUAGUUGUACAACGUGUACUCGUUCUUCACAUCAGGGUACCUUGGAAGGCAACCAGACGAUAUUGAUAUUGACAGUCAAUGUAUUGAUGAAACAGAUAACCUUCUGUGAACGAUGUUUGACCAAUUGUGUUAUACCAGCUACUGUUGCCAACGAGGUACGGAGGAGGAGCCUUACGAUCUACGCUCGUAUGAAAAAAAUGUUAUUGGCAGCACGCAAUGCCACUGAUGAUGACAUAGAGAUGGUAGAUGAGCAGCUUGGUACGUCACCAAGACGCUAUUACAUCUUCUCCAAUGAGAAUUUUGAGGCGACAUAUGUGGAGGAGACUGGCGAAGUCUCUCCUGAAGAACGUGACGAACUUCUAAUCGAGAAGUGCGCUCAGUGGUACCGGGAACACCUACCUCCAACUACCCGUGUCAUCCUUUUAAGGAAUAACUGUACCGGUGGUGUGGAUGAAGAAAAGGCUGAUGCCACUGAUGCUUCGGGAGUAGCCAAUAUUAGUGACGAUGAGAGUAAACCACUAUUGGAGCGCAUGACUGUGGAUGAAUGGGCUCACGAAUUGGAGCCAACUAUAAAAGAUGUCUUCGAAUAUAUUGCUGCAAAACCAGAUGACGAAACUAGAAAACGUCGUAGAACAGAUGAUGAUUAUGAUGCAUUAUACCCAGCACAUUUAACGGAAUCCGAGAUGCACGACGGUAUUGAAAGUGGCAAAUAUCAUAGAGGGGUACUACAUAUGUAUGUGGGUUCUUUUCAAAAUGGUUACGUUAUAUGUGGCAAUGAGGAAUACAAAAUCACCGGCAGUGAUAAUUUGAACCGUGCGAUUCACGGCGAUAGCGUAUGUAUCGAGGUUAUUACUGAACCGAAGCCGUCAAAAAACGUAGAUGAUACUAGGGGAGCCGGCUCUUUCAUUCCGGAAGAGAUUACUGGUGAGGAAUCUGAGGAUUCGAAGUUGAUCGAUUCUUCCAAGGAUGAUAAAACGCCGGAGUGUAUACAAAAAGAAUGUCGUGUAGUUGGCAUUCUGAGGCGUAAUUGGCGUGAGUAUUGUGGUACACUGAUACCUCUAGACGAAACUAUUGACCUGGUUGGUCAUACUAACGUGGUACAGCGCGUAUUCGUACCGGUAGAUGCUCGUAUACCGUUCAUUUUUAUCGAUACUCGAAAAUCGAGCGAACUCGAUGGUAAACGUAUAGUGGUUGUUGUAGAUGGUUGGGAUCGUUUUUCACUUAAGCCAUAUGGUCAUUGGGUCGAUACUUUGGGUGAUGUUGAGGAUAUGGAAACUGAAAGUGCAGUUAUAUUGAGGGAGCAUGACGUCAUAACUAGAGAAUUUUCAGAACGGGUAUGCAAAGAACUGCCUCCAGCUGAUUGGAAACCCGAUGAAGAUGAGAUUGCACGUCGUGCCGAUUUUCGCAACCUGCUUGUAUUUUCCGUCGAUCCACCUGGUUGUAAGGAUAUCGAUGAUGCUCUAGGUUAUCGCAAACUGGAUAACGGUAAUAUAGAGGUCUCUGUACAUAUUGCCGAUGUGACCCACUUUGUAAAGCCCGGUAGUCGCCUCGAUAUGGAGGCUUCGGAACGCUGUACAACGGUAUACCUGGUAGACCGACGCACAGAUAUGUUGCCAUCAUUGCUAACUACAAAUCUAUGUUCGUUGGUAGCUAAUGAGGACCGUCUAUGUUUCUCUGUUGUAUGGGAGUUUGACGAGAACGACACUAUAUGCGAUACCCGUUUUGUGAAAGGUAUAAUCCGUAGCGCACGGGCAUUUACUUACAAGGAUGCGCAAGAUCUUAUAAACGCCGAUGGAAGUGAUGAGAUCACAAGAGCGUUGAAAGGACUCGAUCGUCUUGCUAAAAUCUUGCGUAGUAAACGUUUUGAACGUGGUGCUGUCGAGUUGGAAUCACCUGAUGUGAAGUUUGAAUAUGAGCUUACAGAUAUCCGUAAGAUGGAGAAGUAUGUAUUAUAUGACACUAACCGCAUGGUUGAGGAGUUUAUGCUUCUAGCCAACGUGAGCGUUGCUACUAAGAUUUUCGAAAGGUUCCCUACAUACGCGCUGCUUCGUCGUCACCCACCACCCGUAGAAGAACGUCUCAAGGCGUUACAGCGAUCAUUGUCCCAGCACGGCCUUGACUUUGAAUUUGGUACUUCCCGUGACCUAAACAGCUCGUUACGUCGUAUUAUGGACCUUAGUGAUCCGAAACUUGGCAGUGCUCUUCGUAUAUUGACAACUCGUUGUAUGAGUCAGGCUGUAUAUUGUUACUCCGGUGACACUGAUGCUAGAGAUUUUCGGCACUACGGACUGUGCAGUGAUCUUUACACCCACUUCACGUCGCCUAUCCGUCGUUAUGCUGACGUCGUGGUCCACCGCAUGUUAGCUGCUGCGCUUGGUAUCGAACAUAUGGACACUGCGUUUUUCCAUAAGCUAUCUUCACAAUGUGAGACGCUGAAUAAACGGCAUCGGAACGCCAAUUGGUGUGGUCGUGAGUCCAGUAAACUCUUUGCGUACCUUUUUCUGAGGCAGCAGGGCAGUGUGACCACCACUGCAACAGUCGUAGGCUCCAGUUCCAAGCGCAUAUGUGUCUUAGCACAUGAUCUUGGUAUUGAAGCUACAGCUAGCGCUGAUAUCGUCGAUUUUGAUGCACCUACGCAAUGUGUGACACUAGCAUGUGGCCGUCGAGUGAAACUAUUUGACCAUGUAACUGUGAAGCUGAGCGCAAGCAACAAGCACUACAGAUACAACAUCACUGCGGAACUGUUAUAA